GAGGGGCGUGGAAGGUCGGGAUCAGGUCGACUGACUGCGAUGUGCAAGUGAAACGUGAAAUUGGUGAGCUAGUAAUUUAACCGAAUUGCGCACAUUUAAAAGUAAUAGUGGUUUAUACAACUAUUCAAAAAACUGUACGUAAUCUGCCCGCUAUGCAAAGGUAAUCGGUUCCAUGGUAGAUAGUGCUUGGCUCGUGCAGUUUACGUUAGCUAGACAAACGUCAUAAGUUUACUAAGAGCAUGGGACCUUGAUACGUUGUUAGGCCUGUAAAGGAACAACCUAGCUGUAUAACCAACUAACGUUGGCACAAGCUGCAUAUUUGGCAGUGUGGUUUGCUUCUUAUAGUUAUGUAAAUUAUUCGUAGUUUGCAGUCAAUAUUGACAGUGUCAAAACGUGACAUUGUCGGUAACGAGUGUUCCAAAUUAAACCACUUGCUUUAAUUAGCGGCCACUUCUAGUUGUUUAAACUUGCACAACCGGCAGCAUGUUUCAGUCUAUACAACGGCGGCCUAUAGCGUUAUGUGAAAUCACUGUAUGUGCUGUUAGGUUUCAAAGCAGUAAUGCACUGGGACAUGGAAUUGGCAAGGGCAAAUCCGUAACCACCUCAUGGAUGGGACGACGCAUUGGCCUGUUGUUGUCAUGGCUCCAGAGAUCAGGGAUGGGCACGAGUGAAAAGGCGAGAUCUGACAAGAAGAAGCAAGGCCUGCUGUCAAUUUUUGCCAACCAUUGUAGCUUUGUGACCGGCCAGAGGCUUCGACGCGCUCAUCAGAUUGGAGAGCUCUACUCAAACCUGUACUCUGAGCGUACCAGGUGGACUCUGGUAGGAAGCAUAUGGCGUCGACUCCAGAGCAAGCACGCCUCCACGGGGAAGCUUAUGGCUGCACUGGCUGGUGUAUUUAUGUGGGAGGACGAGAAGGUUCGAGAUGACGAACUACACAGAUGUGGACUAGAGCUCCAAGCUUUGGAGAAUGUGAAGAAUCUGAGUGCAUCUUCAGAAAAGGAGAAGGCUGCAGGGCAGGUGGAGACCGGCUGGGAGGUUGUCAUGGAGAAGAAUAACUUCAAAGUGUGGAGGCGGCCCAUCGAGGGAAGCCACUUGUGGGAAUACAGAGUUUUGGGUUCUUACAACGAUGUCACCCCCAGACAGUUCUUCAAUGUUCAGUUGGACACUGAGUACAGGAAAAAGUGGGACGCUCUAGUUCUUAAGCUGGAGGUGGUGGACAGGGACGUCAACACAGGCUCAGAGGUUGUACACUGGGCAACGCAUUUCCCUUAUCCCAUGUACUCACGAGACUAUGUUUAUGUGCGUCGCUAUGAUGUUGAUGUGGAGAAUAAUCUGAUGGUCCUGAUCUCCAGAGCGGUUCAACAUCCUGGAGUCCCGGAAACUCAGGACUACGUCAGAGUCCACUUAUACCAGUCCAAGAUGGUCAUCCGACCUCACAAGACCUUUGAUGAGAAUGGCUUUGACUACCUUCUGACCUACAGCGAUGACCCUCAGACCGCCUUUCCCCGCUACUGUGUGAGCUGGAUGGUGUCUAGUGGUAUGCCUGACUUUCUGGAGAAACUGCAUACUGCAGCCCUUAGGGCUAAGAACCUGGAGGUAGGGAUCUACGACUAUGCCAGUGUCAUAAAGUCCAAUGACACCAAGCACCAGCCCAGCCAGGACCGCCUUGGGGACAACACUCGCCCUGGGCAAAUCUACGCUUAAGGGACCAUGUCUUUUUAGCAGUGGUGGGGAGUUUGAUUUAACCUGCACCUGCUCACAUACAGCAACCCUCCAAACUCACAAGCUUUUGGACACAAGGGUGGAUGGGAUAUAAUGAAACUGGAAUAUACUUUUGUUGAAGAUGUUCAGUACUUGUUCCACAGACUGGUUAUUGAUAACAGAAUUGUAAUGAACAGCAUGGACUGUACCAACAAGCAGUUGAGCCCUUCGGAGAAAGGACUCCGCUUUUGCUGCCAGGAGGAUUUUCACUGGGACUUCCUGCCUUUGCUACACUUGUACUAGACAGCCAACAUCCUCACGCCUCAUUUUGCUAACUAGCUGCUUCACCAACUACUGAGACAGCUAAAAAAAAAUACUACCCCUAUAGAGAUGUUGCCAAAGCAUUUUCUCCCUCCAUCCACCAUGUGUACUAGUUUCUUCCAGCCACUUUGUUUGGAUCCCUUAUCUGGUCACAUCAGCACCUAAAUAUCUCACUGUAAAGGCUUCGCUACAUAAAUACAUACCUAUUGUUAUUUCAUACAACAGAGAAAGAAGAACAUCAAUAAUUAAACCCGCUGUGAUAUCAGGAACACGAGGAACACGCUUUGGAGCUGAAUGCCCUGGCAUAUUGACUUCCACAGACAAGUGGAUUUAAGGGCUCUUGUGGUCUUUCACAUUUUGGGAUUGAUGUUUUGCUCUCUGCAGAACUGAGGUUCUACCCUUUCUUUGUCUGUCACGCCUCGUCUGUGUUUUAAACUGCCAGGUCACGACACUUCUAACAGCCUUCUGAAGAUUACCAGUGUCUUCCUGUCCACAAGGUGUCUUAUGGUAACUGCAAAAGUCCUCAGUAACUGGUACAAAUGCUUGGUGUUUUUUUAUUUCACUUGCAUUGCAGUUCCCGUCCAUGUUAAAAUGCCCUUAUCAAAAAAACGAUAUGUAAUAAAUCUAAAAAAGCGUGUGUUUUCUUGUGCCACCAAACUAUCUGUAUUUCAAUUGAAUGGAUAUGACUGAAAUACUGUUUCUUACUGAGAACUAAGUUCAAAGUUAUGGAACAGACCUGAUUAAAACCGACUGCUCGCUAGAUUGCGCUACAGAGGAAUAUGUUUGUUUGCUAAACUCUUACUGUACCUUAACAGUGAAAGUAGUGCAUCAAUUGUUCUAUUACUGAUGAGCUUUGGAAGGCAAGGGUUUAGUAAAAUCAUGCGUGUAUGUGUUAUCUUUAUUGCAUUUUAUACUUUUUUUUUCCCAGUCUUGAUAUGUAAAUGGUUCUGCAAACUACUCAGACCUAAUCUUAUUAACUGUUUGACUCACUGGGGUAAGGGGCAUGUGUGAAUUCUCUGCUCAGCCUGACUAUCUGGUACAAUUGAAGCAGCACCUGUUUCUGCAUGUCAUUUUUUCCCCCUGUUACUAAUAUUGGUAUAAACAGAAUUUCCCAGGCCAAGUUUCAUUCAUUUAUGGUACCAGUAUACAUGCAUGACUACAGUUCCAUGAAAACGGAUUGUUGGUAGGUCACAAAUACUGAUAUAGGAAUGUAAACAUUAAUUGAAGUUGCAUUGAAAAGAUACCAUAGUUCAAUGCAUUCAAAUGCCAAGGGGCACUUUUGUAAUUCCUUGGGUCCCACACAUCAAAUCAUUUCUGGGUAACAACUGUACCUUACUAUAAUAGAUUAUUUUAAAAUGGGCAAAAAAAACCUCAGAAUUUAGGUAGUACUAUCUGGGAGUGGUCUAGCUGCUAUUGGCAGACACAUGCAUAACAAGAGUUCCUAACCAAUUUACCGCAUGGUGAUCUCACUAAGGAAAGCUGACACUCCCGCUCAUGCAAACCUGAUUAGAAGGCCCCGUGUAGAUUGUAUUUUCAACCAGCAACUAUCAGGAAAUAACUCAUGUUUUAAUGUUUUUACAUUUGCUAGUUUCAUCAGCUGCUGUACUGUAUGCUAUAAAACACACUUUUGACUCCACUGGGCCUUUAAGAUAACUUACUCCCAUGAAGUCUGAAAUAACAAAAGAUUGUUUACCUACUCUUAUCUUUGUGAUAAACACACAGGUGAAGAAAUUGUUUUACUGUCCGCAGUAUAUGAUUGUCAGCAUAUGGUGUGUUUUGAUCUAUUGUGUACAUGUGAGAGGAAAUGAAUUCCCUCUAGUUGAGCGUUUGUUUAGUGAUGGUCAGAGCUAUGUGUAUGCAGAGAAUAAAACUUUGGUUUCUAUAUUGAACUACUGUAUGCAAUGUUUGAGAAGGUAAAUCUGGCGAUUGUAACGCUUUGGUGUGCUAUCCCUUUCUAGAGUACAGUUGUGUGUUCAAUAUACUGUUUAUAUAUUUUUUUCAAAGUGCAGUUUACCACCUUGGAUAUGAUUUCCAGAAGUUGAUUCCUUUAGAAAUUGUGUAAAAUAUAUUGAUUGAAAAGAAUUGGGGAAACAUAUGGAACCUGGCAAGAAUUUAGUUGUCAUUGUAUGAUUCCAUGUUGAAAUUGAGCAACUAAUAUGAUUCAAUAAACCAAUUUGAAAUAUA